AGCCACCAACUGGUGCUGUGUAAAGAUUAAAUGAGAAGGCAGGUGUAAAACAGCUACCCAUGGCAGCCGCUUGGGAAAUGUUAGCAAUUUUUAUUGCCAUCUACCCUCACAAAGUUAUCAUGAGAAUCAAAAGACACAGUGUUUGCAACUAUCUGUCACAUGGUCUUACACAGAUUGAGUCCUCAAUAAAUGGGGUUUCUUUGUAACUGAUAGGAAGUGCUUGGGUUCAAAGUCCAAGACCUGGCGAUCAAUAAGAGAGGAGCCCAUGAGACACAGUGAGAGUGUUGACAUCAUGUGGCAGAGAACCUGGGCAAGUGGGGGCCUCGGGGGCCCAGGCCUGCCCGGGGCUCGAAUGCCCAGGCCCAGUCCUGCCCUAGGGAGGGAGUUCCCCAUUAUGAUUAGCGGGGCAGGAAGAUGGGCCAUGGCCAGACAUGCCAUUGAGGUGAACUCAACACAGUGGUCUUUGAUCUUCUCCAGCCAAGCCCAGUUCUUAAAGGGAUAAAAGCCAAGGAGACUUUGGGACAGUUAGACUCUGAAGCCUCCUCAUCCCUGUGACAUUUUUGCUCCUCUGACUCUUUGCCACCAACUGCCACCAUGACCCAGCGAUCCUCUUUCACCAUCAAGUCGGGGGGCACUCGGAACUUCAGUACUUCCUCGGCGAACUUCCUCCCGGGCUCCCGGACCAGCUUCAGCUCUGUCUCCGUGACCCAGGGCGGGAAGAGAUUCGGAGGUGGCUUUGGGGGUGGCUUUGGGAGCAGAAGUCUCCAUGGCCUUGGGGGCAGCAAGAGAAUCUCCGUCAGCGGGGGCUACCGCUCCAGCCGGGGCAGCUUCGGUGGCGCUGGCUAUGGGAUGGGUCUUGGCGGCAUAGGGUACAGAGGGUAUGGAGGUGGGAUGAUGCCUGGAUCUGGGGGCAUCCAGGAGGUCACUGUCAACCAGAGCCUCCUGACCCCACUGCACCUGGAGAUCGACCCCUCCCUUCAGCGGGUGCGGAAAGAGGAGCGGGAGCAGAUCAAGACCCUCAACAACAAGUUCGCCUCUUUUAUCGACAAGGUGCGGUUCCUGGAGCAGCAGAACAAGGUCCUGGAGACCAAAUGGAGCCUCCUGCAGGAGCAUAAAACUACCAGGGCCAACAUUGAGCCCAUGUUUGAAGCCUAUAUCAGCAACCUGAGGCGGCAGCUGGACAGCCUGGGUGGGGAGCGGACAAGGCUGGAGACGGAACUGAAGAACAUGCAGGACGUGGUGGAGGACUUCAAGAACAAGUACGAAGAUGAAAUCAACAAGCGCACAGUGGCGGAGAAUGAGUUUGUGGUGCUCAAGAAGGACGUGGAUGCCGCCUACAUGAACAAGGUAGAGCUGGAGGCCAAGGUGGAUGCCAUAAUGGACGAGAUCAACUUCCUGAAAGCUUUCUAUGAAGCGGAGCUGGCUCAGCUUCAGGACCAGAUCUCUGAGACCUCUGUGAUCCUGUCCAUGGACAACAACCGCAACCUGGACCUGGACAGCAUCAUCGCUGAGGUCAAGGCCCAAUAUGAGGAUAUAGCCAACCGCAGCAGGGCUGAGGCUGAGUCCUGGUAUCAGACCAAGUAUGAGGAGCUGCAGCGGUCUGCUGGCCGGCAUGGGGAUGACCUCCGCACUACCAAGAUGGAGAUCUCUGAGCUGAACCGGCUGAUGCACAGACUGCGUUCCGAGAUUGAUAACUUGAAGAAGCAGUGUGCCACGCUCCAGGCCGCCAUCGCUGAUGCUGAGCAGCGUGGGGAGCUGGCCCUCAAGGAUGCCAAGCACAAGCUGGCCGAGCUGGAGGAGGCCCUGCAGAAGGCCAAGCAGGACAUGGCCAGGCAGCUGCGCGAGUACCAGGAGCUGAUGAAUGUCAAGCUGGCCCUGGACAUCGAGAUUGCCACCUACAGGAAGCUGCUGGAGGGCGAGGAGUGCAGACUCAGUGGAGAAGGUGUCGGACCUGUGAAUAUCUCUGUGGUCUCCUCCUCUGGAGGCACAGGCUACAGCGGGGGCGGGAGCGGCUACAGCAGCAGCCUCUCCUAUGGUGGUGGCAGCGGAGGCUUCAGUUCCACCAGUGGCCGUAACAUGGGUGGCAGCACCUCCAGCAUGCGCAUCAUCUCCAAGACGUCGUCCACCAAGAAGAGUUAUAGGAGCUAAAGAGCUCCACUUGCCUCUGCUGUCUCCCCCACCCCUCCCCAGCCCACCCACUAGACCCCCAGGUCCCAGCCCCAAGGCCUGCAGCUUUGCUGACACCCCUGCACAAAGUCAAUCCUGGCAGCAGGAUGCACAGGGAGUGGGAAGGCAGCCUGUGCAUUCCAAGAUCACCUUGUCC